CUGGGCGAAUGGAGGAGGGGGCUGCUCUGCAGGGGUGGCGGGUUUUUAUGGAAUCGACCUGGCGAAAGGGGGCGAUCCCGUGCUCGGCUUGGAUCCGGAAGGCUCAGGAACGGAACCUCGAAGACACUUCAGCGCCGGGCGACGGUCAGUGAGCCCAAAGCCUGCGCCCUGCGUGCCCCCAGGCACCGCGCUCCGGGCGCGCAGGCUUUUCUCGGUUCCCCAAAAGCGCGCGCACAGAUGGCGAAGGCCCGCGGAGGACCCCCUCCGCACACACCCAGCCCUAUGUAUGGAUGGCUGGUGGCCCAAACCCAUAAACUUUCUGUUACUUAACCGAGCUGGGUUAGUGAGCGCACGGCCGGUUAUGUGGUCCCCAGCGCCCACCGAGAAGUCCACCUGCUGACACUGCGGAGGGGAAAGCGGCGCUGCACCCCCACCCCGCUCCAGCCUGCCGGUGGCCGCGGUGAGGUUCGCCACCCUCCUGCCACAUUGAUACCGUCAGCCUGGAGAAUGUGGAGAACCGCCGGAAGAGGGGUUAUGUAGCCCGAAUGGGAAUCAAGACGAUAAGGAAGGGGUAGAUUCCGGAACCGUGCUUACUGUGUUAUUGCAAUGGCACUUGGAAGGAUCUCUGAACUGGCGGUAUGUUGGGAGAGCGCAAAGGACCGAGGGUCUGCAGCCUUGGGUUCCGGGGACUCUGUCCUGAAAGGCUGAGUAGCAGCAGUGAGGUCUGGGCAAGUCAAGAAACCUUGUUUGUGUGAGAAGCAGCAGGGUGAUCCCUGCCCUACCUCACUGGACGGUAACUGGAGGAAGAGUAGGGUUUUGAAAAGCAGAAGUGUGGUUUCUAUAAAUUAAGGUAUCACCACAUUGCUGCGCACACCUCCCUCCUGGCCGCCAGCAGAACCUCGUUUGGAGCAGAGGUAAGCUCUCUGGACCUCAGCUGGCCUCAUGGUGAGUUCAAGGCCCUAAUCCAGUAGUCCAACGGAGUUCACGCCACCCUGAGCCUGGAAAGAUGGUGUCACAGUCUAUGGGCCGGCAGGAUUCUCCUGUGCACCCUUGGGAAGGGGUCAGCAGUGACCCUGGUGACGUUGAGGAUUCGCCCAAUCUCCUGGACACUGACCAGCCUCCUUGCAAAUCAGACGUCAGGUUCAUGAGGCACAGAGCUGCCUGGAUUAACCCCCAGUGUGCGCAGCAGCAGCUACAGGAUUUGCCCCCUCAGGUGCCGACAGCGGGGAACGGUGGGAACCACUUUGGAAGGGAUACCGCCUGUUCCCUGGGCCCUUCACCGUCGUCCCUUGGGGACUCCAUGGUGGAGACAUCACUGUCCAAGGAUACUGCAGACUCUGCCUGGGGCUCAGGUGACAAGAACAGCGACGUCUCUUUUACCUCCAAGGGAGAGCAGGCAGUGCUCCCAGGAAAGUCUCCUCAGAUGUCUGUGUUCACAAGCUCCAAGGCUGCCUCCUCGUGUCCGGAAGCUGACAGCGCUUUUUUGAAGCCUUCCCAUCUGACAGCUUCCGCUGAUGAAGGUGCUGUUCCAGUCGGGAGAAGAACCACUUCUUUGAAUUCCUUCUCCCCAGAAGCAUUCUUGCUCCCUGUCGAUGUAGAAAAGGAAAAUGCCCACUUUUACGUAGCGGAUAUGAUGAUAGCAGCCAUGGAGGAAAUAAAGUGUACCAUCCUCGGUCAACAGCACACACAGAACUGGAGCGUAGAAGAAGCCAGUGCGUCGCUCGGGAAUGAUCAGGCGGACCCCGAAAUGGCCUUUUAUACGAGCAUAAAGCAGGAAUCUGGGUCUUCCGAUUCUUCUGACAGUGGCUAUGAAGGCUGUGCUGUGUUACAGGGCAGCCCCGUGGCUGGGACCCCCACUUACUGCGAUGUGCUCAAAGAAGCCUGUAAAUGUGACUUCGAUGACUUUGUUGUCGUAGAAGUUGGUGAGUUUAACAAUAUCACAGAAACCUGUGGAUGCCCCUGCAACUCCUCUAAGAGUGUCACUUAUGAGCCAAACUUCAAUUCUGCUGAGCGAAUAGCCAAAGAGUUGUACCGAGUAUUCCGGAAGUGCUGGGUGUUGUCAGAAGUUAAUCAUCAGCUGGCAGGUUCUCCGAAUGCAGCUGGCUCGAUCGUUGUGAAUGAAGAGCGUGUCCGAAAAGACUUUGAAUCCAGCGUGGAUGUAGUUCAGGAAAUUAAACUUAAGUCGAGGAUCAGAGGGGCUGAAGACUGGACGCCCCCUAGAUUUCAAAUCAUAUUCAGUGUUCACCCACCACUCAAGAGGGAUCUCGUGGUAGCAGCCCAGAAUUUUUUAUGUGCUGGCUGUGGAACUCCAAUAGAACCUAAGUUUGUGAAGCGGCUGCGGUACUGCGAAUACCUGGGGAAGUACUUCUGUGACUGCUGUCACUCCUACGCGGAGACCUGCAUCCCUGCCCGGAUCCUCACCUUGUGGGACUUCAGGAAGUACUACGUCAGCAAUUUCUCCAAACGGCUGCUGGACGGCCUAUGGCACCAGCCGGUUUUCAAUUUGCUGAGCGUUGGCCACAGCCUGUAUGCCAAGGCCAAGGAACUAGACAGAGUGAGGGAAACCCGGGAGCAACUUUUUCAUAUCAAGAAGCUGUUGAGGACCUGCAGGUUUGCUGAAAGCACGUUAAAGGAGUUUGAGCAGGUGCCGAGGCACUUGACUAAUGAGCUCCACCUGUUCUCCCUGGAUGAUCUGGUCAGGGUCAAGAAAAAGCUGCUGGUGCCCUUGCUCAAGGACAUUCUAAAAGCUUCCCUCGCACAUGUGGCCGGCUGUGAGCUGUGUCAAGGGAAGGGCUUCAUUUGUGAAUUUUGCCAGAGUGCCGCGGUCAUCUUCCCAUUUCAGACCGAAACGUGUAGAAGAUGUUCAGGAAGUCCCGUGAUCUCUAACCCGUUUCAUGGGAGCAAUCUGGCAAUGCAUUCUGCCUUUACCCUUGGUAAGAGCUGCUCCUCCUCUUUGACCCCCUCCAGCGCUGUCUCCACUAACCUGUUAGGCAGAAUCAUUAGGCUGUAUCGCAGGAGAGGCUCCCCAGCAGACAAACUCCUCCCAGCCACAGGUUUGCAAGCAGAAGGCUCACUGGGGCGUGUCAGGCUCAGCACCCGUGGGAGUGUGAAGUCCACAGGGCUUGGCAGAGGGACAAGUUGAGCUGAAUAUGGUGGCCUUGAAGGCUUAGCACAUCUCAGGGCACUCUGGAGCAGGGUGGCCUUCACUGUUGUCACAUAGUCGGUCAGGGACCAGCCAAGCCUUUAAACCCAGGGUUGACCAGUCACCCACCGGAUGCGAGCCAGUGUCCGCAUGCAGAGAUGACCUUGAGGGAGGCAGCUCUCUCCAGUUAGGGCCAUUUCCAGUGAGGGCCACCUCCUCAGCUGUCAGCAGCUGAGGGAACAGUCCUUGGGCAGAUCUGGGGGCACUAUAGCAUCAGGCUCUCUCAGCCUCAGGUCCAUGACUUAGUGGGGACUUCAUAAUCGCUUGGUUUCAACCUGCCUCAUUUCUUGUCGGAUGACUCUGGUUUCUGGGUUCAGACCACCUCUCUCCCCAGGAUGGGGAUGACCAUCUGUACAUAUGUGAGUGAGCAAGACAGCCCCUUUGCUGAUAGCUGUCC